AUGCCUUCUAACUGCCUUCAAGCCAAUCUCUUCCUCACUGACAUCUUCGCUUCUUUAGCUGCUUAUCCACAGCCAUUGCUACGUCGCUUGUUACUCGGACUAACUCUUCCCUCUUUAAAAGCCGCCUACACUAGCAAGCACUUCAAAAAUAGCAAAGCAGCUGGAACUUCCGCCACUUCCACCUUCAACGACACAGUUUCUAAUUCUUCUCCAACUCUCGUCCAUGCAGAAGACAACGUUAUGCCUUCUUAUUUGACUCGACCAUCUUACAGAUCAUGUAUCCAUAAUUCACGUCAUAAUCUCACUGCAAGUUCCUCUCUAAAAAAAGUCGAUACAGGUUUUACUGUCACUUUGCCGUACCAAAAUGAAGAUUAUCAUACUCUCGGACAAAGCCAUUCUCAUGGGCAUCAGAUAACGGCCGCUGAUGCUUUGCUUUAUGAAAAUUGGAAUAAAAAUGAUCCUUCCAUUCACCAUCAAUAUCAGCAUCACCUUUAUCCAGAUAAGUCUAAAAAACAUUACAUCGCGCAAAGCGAGAUUGAGUUGCAUGACCUACCGAGACAUUACACACUAACUACAUCAACAAAGAACUCUAACUCUCUUCCUACAGCUCACUUAUCUUCUUGUUCUUUUUCAUCAAUUUAUCAAGAAACAACGGUCACUUCUGCAAAAGCCUCUACUUUUGAUAAAGAUAAAUCCCAAGCCACAUCAUCUGCUCCUUCCCCAUUAUUUCUUCAGCUAGAGUAUCCCUCAAUCAGAGGACUUUCACAGGACGUUAUAUCAAAAACUUCUUCCCUUAGUCGUAAGUUAGACGACGUGGUAGUGCUGGCGGCAAACUACCUUCUUCACGCCCGCCUGACUUCGGUGCGUCAGCAACUAGAUGGAGUGGUCAAUGCGUAUCUUAGUCGGUCUGCAGCUUCCUCAACUGUAUCAUCUUACUCAUCAUCAACGAACGCUUCAUGCCCUCCAGAUCGGACGGCCGUCAAUAAAACCAAUAGACAAACAUGGCUUAAAUUUAAAGAAAGUGGGAAGCAGCAGUCUUUUGCAGAGCUGGUGAUGGAGGCUCGUAGGGCACUUACAGAACACUUGAAAGAGACGACGGGGGAUGCAGAGGACAGUUGUGUUCAGCAACAAAUAUCCCAAGCUUUCCCAUCCAAAUCGAAGCUUUUCCAGGUUAAGACAAAUCCGAAUACGCCAAUUACUUCAGGUUUGUUCUAA